GUUUGAGACAAUUUUCAAGAAUGGUGAUCUGAUUUUAAUGAAAGAAAAUAUUAAGUCUUUAAGACAAGAUCACUAUGUCGAAGUGUGUGUUCUGGAUACCUGGUGCAGGAUAUUGAAUUUGAGAGAACUCAAUAAAAAACCAGAUAUGCCAUUCAGAUUUUUUGGUUCCUCGUAUUCUAGUAUGCACAGCGUUCCAAUGCCCAAUGAGAAUUGGGAUUAUGAAAAGAAAGCUCGUUUAUUCUGUGAUGGUAUGGCUGAUGAUUUAAGAAAAGCAGGAUGUGAAGAUAAACUUGAAGAUAUUGAUAUGAUUAUGUUCCCUGUGUGCAAGAGCGAGCACUUGUAUGUAGUCUCUUUUGAUUUUAAGGAAGAUGCUAUCGAUAUUUUGGACAAUUCCUCUGUUGGUGGAACCAAGCUUUCAAAAUACCAGUCUCAACAUGUGCAUUUG